AUGCGGUGAUCCCUGAAGUGCUCCCUCACGGCUGGGCUUGCAGCCUCCUUCCUCCUCCUCCUCCUCCUCCACAGGGACAGCCGUCAGGAACAGGAUCCCCUAGAGGUGGAGCUUAGGGGCUUGGCCCCAGACAUGGUCCUGCAGAUGCUGCAGCCAGGAGCCCAGCACAUCCUGAGGGACAUGGAUGACCUCUCUGCGCUCCACAAUGUCACCUACCAGCUCCUCGCUGGCUCCCCCUCACCCCGUAAGAAAUUCUUGGCAGUGGGGUUGGCAUCGGUGCGGCGGCCACGUGGCUACUACCUCCCGGCCACGCUCCAGUCCCUCUUCAAGCAGUCGACGGAGGAGGAGCUGCAGGAGAUGGUGGUGGUGGUGCACCUGGCUGACGCGGACCCCACAUGGAACACGCACAUGGCCACCAACAUCGCCCGCAAGUUCGCUCACCACAUCCUCCUGGGUCGGCUCCUGCUUAUCCACGCUCCGCAGGAGUUUUAUCCCACCCUGGAGGGCCUCAAAAGAAACUACAAUGACCCAGAGGAGUGGGUGAAGUUCAGGUCCAAGCAGAACGUGGACUAUGCCUUCCUCUUCGCCUUCACCGCCAACCUCUCCUCUUACUAUUUGAUGAUCGAGGACGACGUGUGGUGCGCCAAGUCCUUCUUGACAGCCAUCCGCAAGGCACUGGCUUCCCAGGAAGAAUCCAACUGGGCCACCCUCAAGUUCUCCAAGCUGGGCUACAUUGGGAAGCUGUACCGCUCCAGUGACCUUCCUCGCCUGGCUCGCUUCCUCCUCCUCUUCUACCAGGAGAUGCCCCGUGACUGGCUGCUGUCCCACUUCUGCCUCCUGCUCACCCAGAAGGACGUCAUCCGCUUCAAGCCUUCCCUCUUCCAGCACAUGGGCCUCUACUCCUCUUUCCAGGGCACCAUCAACCGGCUGGAGGAUGAUGAGUUCCAGGCCGAUGCCUUGGACCUUCCGGACAACCCGCCAGCAGCCUUGUUCACCGGCAUGUCCGCCUUCGAGAACUACAAGCCCCUCAAGGCGUACAGCACAGCAGAGGGGUAUUUUUCGGGGAAAGACCCAGCAGCCGGCAGCGUCUUCUCUGCCGUCUUCCGGACCUUGGAUCGGCAGAGGCGGGAGAGGGGCACGCCUGGCCCUGUGGAGUGCGUGAGGAUCCGGGUAACCCGGGACCGGAGCGAGUGGCUCAUCAUCCAGAGCAUCGACAGCUGGACCACGGCAGACACCUGA